GUGGCGUGCGCUGCUGUUGCUGCCGCCUCCUCCCUCUGCCUCCUAUCUGCAUCUGCUGCAGAGCUUAGCCAACACGCAUCUAUGCUCUCUCUCUCUCUCUAGCUUUCACACUACUUAACUAUUUCUAUCCACCAGAUUCUUUCUUUCUUUUCUUUUCUUUUUUUUUUUUUUGCUCAUGAAGGAGUCAACGCACACCUACAACCGUGGAGUCCGGGGAGGGGGGGAGAUGGAGCAGUCACUAGUCGUCACUUUGGAGUAUUGAGGACGGCGGUGGACUGGAGGAGAGCGCCGGAUGGGUUAGGAGCUGUGAAACCCACAUCACUCACCGCGGAUUGAGCAAGCCCCCCUCCACACCCCCACCCCUCUCUCUCUGUCUCUCUCUCUCUCUCUCCAUCCUCUCUCUCCCUUUCCGUCUCUCCCUAGUCUGCAGCCUCCAAGAACAGCCGCCGCAUCAUUUUUUUCAGAGCAGCAGCCCCCUCCCUCCCUCCCUCUUCUCUCCAUCUCCCUUUCUGCUGCUUGCACCACUGUGGGAAUGCAGCGAAGGUAAACGAAUCAUAGAGGCUUCUUUUUUUUUUCCGCGCCACCAACAUCGGGAUCUAUCAUCACAGUGGACGACUGCAGACAGACAGCUCUGGAGACGCACGGCUGUCACUCCGGGAAAAUCAAGAGUUGGGUGGUCGGCGUCGGGAUUGGACCCGGAUCAGUUGGAUUUAGCCCGCUUACCCCGGACACCACGAUUACCAACACCGCCCCAUCUCACUGGCAGAUCACAUCAGAUCCCAUCUACCCUCCCUCGUUUGAGUUUCGGUGGCUUUCACAGUCUCUCUCCCCUCCUGGAUUACCGGCAGCUGGCGCGACUAAAAAAAGGGUGGCCGGGCAUGGAGAACUGAGGGGCUAUUUGAGGGAAAACUUAAAGUAACCGACAAAGACACCUGCAAGAGAAAGAGGAAGCUCUCUAAUGUAUGUAUGGAAGGUCAAGUGAACUCAAAUAAAGGAACAGUCGGUGAUUUGUAUUUUAAGGACCAUAUGCGGCCGAUAAUCAAACCAAUUGAGAGUGGAGAAGGGUGCUGCCGUAGCCUGGGUUGUUGAUCUACGCACGCACACACGCACAUGGAUUUACAGCUCCGGUCUGAAGCGGAUCGAUAUCCUUCUCCGUCUUUUUUUAAUUAUUUUUUUUUUACUUCGGCUUUUUUUUAACAAGGGAGUGAAGCAUCCUGGGAUUUAUCAUCGCUUCGUUAGCUCUGAACUACCGUGAGGCGCCCCCUCGCUUCGCUCUCUCACCUGUCCAUAACCUGUGUGUGCUCGUUUGGAAGUGUGUGUUUUCCUGUGCAUAUUUGUGUGUUUGCGCGCGCGCGCCCGUGUGUGUGUGUGUGCGCACUUGGUUUGCUGUCCGCCAAAGUGAGUGUAGGUUAUAUUGCUUAUGUAUGCAUUUGAGUGCUGUGCCAGCUUUUAAUUAGUAGUAGGCUACGUGACUGUGAGUGAUUGUGUCUACUUACUGCUGGAGUGCGUGUGUAUUAGUGUUUUAGGUUUGUGCAUGUAGGUUUGUGCAUGUAGAUAUAUAGGCUACUUAAGAUGCCCGGCAUUUACUCUGCACCACAUCCCCUUCCUCGUAUAUGCAUUUCUAUUAUCUGGCCACCUGUUUGACCUCCUGAACACCCCAAGAGACGACAAGCUCCAGCAGGAUGAGUGAGCGUUCAGGUGCAAGCACUCUGGCGGCCAUGACGCUUGAGGAGCCAGGGGCAGAACAGGCAUCUCCAAGAGCCCAGGGCCCUCUCAGGUGUGGCCCCUGUGCUGUCUGGCCUCGCCAGCAGACAUGGCUUUGUGCCGUGCCCUUGGUAAUGGGCUUUGUGGGACUGGGACUCAGUCUCAUGCUGCUUAAAUGGAUUGUGGUAGGAUCUGUCCAAGACUAUGUCCCUACUGAUUUGGUGGAUCCGAAAGGUAGCAUUGGACAGGACCCUAUAUUUCUCUCCAAACCUAGUGCCAUGCCCAAGGGGCCUGACAUUUCCACCGCCACCACUACUUCAGCUGCCUCUACCACGGCAAUGGUGUCGACUACCACACCGCUAGCUGCGGAUGGUACCGCCCCAGCGCCAAGAACUCGAUCUGGACCACCAGCAAACCACUCAGCCAAUGGCAGCACUGCUAAUGGAGAGGGCAAUCGCGCCCCACACCUUCAUAACCGUGUUGGCACCCGGAUUAGUGGCACCGUGGUUACCACUUCCACCACUCGGGCCACUCGACUCACCCCACCGCCCAGUGGUAAAGAGGUCACUCCUCGCAGCACUGUCAGAAAAGGAAGCAGUGCCAGUAAUGGACGUAAUGGAGCAGCCAACUCAAAGCCAGGACAGACAUCUGCUACUAUUACCACAACAGCAUCCACCACUACUACACCUACUGUUAAGACCACUGCCAAGGUGCAGCCGACCACCUCCCAGCCGGCAGCCCCUGUCAAGCCCACAUCACGCUGGAAUCACGGUCGCCCAGGAAAGGGCCCAGCCACACGCCCACACCACCGCUUCCGAACACCAGUGGCUCCUACACUUCCUAGUCUACGUUCAGAGGUCUUCAAGCCAUGUGUGGAAGACAAGGACCUGGCCUUUUGUCUAAAUGAGGGAGAGUGCUCCAUCAUUGAAACCGUGGCUGGGGUUCACAGACACUGCAGGUGUAAGGAGGGCUACCAUGGACUCCGCUGCGACCAGUUUGUACCCAAGACAGAUGCUAUCUUGUCAGACCCAACGGAUGAACUCGGGAUCGAGUUCAUGGAGAGUGGUGACACCUACCAGAGGCAGGUGCUGUCCAUCUUCAGCAUUGCCUCAGGGAUCUGUCUUCUUGGAGUGGCAUGUAUGGCUCUCUACCGCCGCAACAAAAGACACAGGGAAAAACUCCAGGCUCAUUUCUCUGAUAGCCGCAGCCUGAGGGACUGCAGCGUCAAUGCCUCUGGCCUCAUGUCCAAAUCCACUCCCAGGCUUCAGUACAGCCUUCAGCUCCAAAAGAACUGCAGUCCUCAUGGAUUGUCCGCCAAGGACGGCAGCGUGCCGCCCGGCACGUCAACAGCAGCCCCACCUAUUCUCAGCAGAGCGCUGUCUAAAGGGAAACGCUUCAGGAGUAGUUCCCUUUCACUCAGUCCUGCCCAACAACGGAGGGAGAAUCAUUUUUUCAGGACCCCGCCCAUUUCCAGAGAGAAACACAAAAUAACGACUAAUCUCAUCGAUGGAUCCAGAGUGGCCGGCCAUGUCUAUAAACACUUGCAGGAGGAUGAGUCAACAGAUAUGGAGUCCAUAAGGAGGUGUGAUUCUGCCGGUGGACGAGUCGGAGCUCUCCUCAGCAGGACCUCACUCUCUCACUUCACAGCCAAAAAGGGAUGGACUGAGGUCCCCUGCACCCGCCUGGAUAAGGGAACAACCUUCCUUCCACCGUCCCUGCGCACCCGUUCUGUGCCCAUCAUCCCUUCGCUGCAAGCGUGUGACCUCGAGGCAGGGAAUGUAGAAGCAUGUGACCGCAACCAAGGAGGGCUCCUCAAGUGGCACCCCGUGCUGGCUGGAAAGUCAGCAGUGCCCAUUAGCAAUUCUCCCUCUCCCCCCUGUGAGACUGUUGUGCUGGCGCCUGGUGUUAUGCCCGGCAGUGUUCGCCCUCCUGCCGCCGCCACCGAUACACAGGGAUCAGAGAAGAAUCUCAACUCUGCACAAACACCCUGUUCUGUUGAAAUAAUAGUGGAACUGGCACAGGAGUUAAAACAGAAAAGCCUUUCCAGCUCCAUGAAAAUGUUCGGGUCUCAGAGCGAGAUCCACCGCGGAGGCACAAACAUUCCUGAGGGUGGAACUGCGCACAAGGAGUCAGAAGGGAAGAGUGUCCAAUACUCAGCCAGAGUUCUGCACACAGGAAAUGGGACCAGAGGUUUGAAGGCAGCAGGCCAAAGAGAAGCCCAGGGAAGGUGCCAAGGUCAGACAUCUCUCGUGUACGGAGGCGCAAACUGCUCCUUGGCCACCAAAGGACCCAGCUGCAGAGGAACUGGAAACGCUCAUGCCAAGCCCUCUGCAAGCUGAUUGGAUUAACUCUGUAAAGCUUCAAAGACAAUGUUUCCAAUAACUGUAUACCUUUGCUGGUGGCACAGGAUGGUUAGCAGGUGGAACCAUCUGUGGGGCCACACGGACCAAUAACAGACAGCUGGCGAUUUUGAAGGAACACGAACAGAUUGAACUGCGAAGGAAAAAAAAUAAAUAUUGACACAACAAAAGACAUCAAAUUAUAAAGAAAAGGAGACAAACAAACACACAAUGUGAAUAAAUGUGACUCAAUGAGGAAAACAAAACCGUGACUUGAGUGGGAGCUUGACUUAAACAGUGUAUUGAAAAAAAUGCCACUAUUUAAGCUUUUUGAGCUUCUACUU